AUGUCCUCGUUAACCGUUGAGGUGAUUUCGUUUCUGGUCAAGAGAAGCGGCGUCCUGGGUAGUUCUGAUACGUUUGACCCUACAGACCCUACGGAGGACGACGGUCAACCCGAGGUGAAUAUCCCUGAUGACGGUGGACUAGGCGAAUCGAAUCCCGUCGAGAACGAAAUAUUCUCGUCAUGGGCUUUGUUCAUUAUUUUGUUCCUGCUUGGAUCCGCCCUUUGGUCGUCAUACUAUCUGCAACAAAGAAGAGUCAAGGCGGUUCAUGAGACCGUGUUGUCUAUCUUCUACGGAAUGAUAGUAGGACUUAUCAUAAGAGUUUCACCAGGUCACUAUAUUCAAGAUGCGGUGAAGUUCAAUUCCUCGUACUUUUUUAACAUUUUGUUGCCACCUAUCAUCCUCAAUUCCGGCUACGAGAUCCACCAAGCCAACUUCUUUAGGAACAUAGGAUCCAUUCUGACGUUUGCAAUCCCGGGUACUUUCAUCAGUGCAAUUGUUCUUGGAAUAAUCCUUUACGUUUGGACCAAACUUGGGCUUGAAAGCAUCCAUAUUUCAUUGGUUGACGCUCUUGCUGUUGGGGCAACUCUUUCGGCUACGGACCCAGUCACCAUUCUGUCUAUCUUCAACUCCUACAAGGUGGAUCCAAAACUAUACACCAUUAUCUUUGGUGAGUCGUUACUAAAUGACGCCAUUUGUAUCGUGAUGUUUGAGACAUGCCAGAAGUUUCACGGUCAAGACCCUACUUUUUCCAGUAUCUUUGAAGGUAUUGGGCUCUUUUUGAUGACUUUCACCAUUUCCACUCUGAUUGGACUGAUCAUUGGUGUCCUGGUGGCCUUGAUUUUGAAACACACUCAUAUCCGGAGAUAUCCCCAGAUUGAAACCUGCCUGGUGCUAUUGGUUGCUUAUGAAUCGUACUUCUUUUCCAACGGAUGCCACAUGUCUGGCAUUGUUUCGCUGUUGUUCUGUGGUAUCACCUUGAAACAUUAUGCGUACUUUAAUAUGUCCAGGAGGACUCAAAUUGCCACGAAAUACAUUUUCCAGUUACUUGCACAGCUUUCCGAAAAUUUCAUCUUCAUUUAUCUGGGUUUGUCUCUUUUCACAGAGGUGGAGCUGGUGUUCAAGCCCUUACUCAUUAUCAUCUCGUUCUUCUCCAUCUGUGUGGCCAGAUGGUGCGCAGUGUUCCCAUUAUCGCGUCUCGUCAACUGGGUCUCCAGAAUGAGAGCCAUCUCCCGUGGUGAUUCCAUCAUCACCGAUGAGAUACCUUAUAACUACCAGAUGAUGACCUUUUGGGCUGGUCUGCGCGGUGCUGUGGGAGUUGCGCUUGCAAUGGGAAUACAGGGAGAGGCUAAAAACCCAUUAUUGGCCACUGUGUUAGUGGUAGUGGUGCUUACCGUGAUAUUGUUUGGGGGAACCACGGCUGGUAUGCUUGAGAUCCUGAACAUCAAAACGGGAUGCACCGAAGAAUCCGAAAGUGACGACGAAUUCGAUAUUGAAGCUCCAAGACCAAGCUUAACGGAUCGUGGUUUGCAAGUUCGUAAGUUCAAAGAUGCUCCGUCAAGCUCAGCAGCAAGUAUCCCUAUGAGUGAUACCUACAGAGAUUCCAAUUCACGUUCACGGAACGGAUCACAUAACGAUCUCAUAAGCGGUGGACAUUUUUCAAAUGCAGACUUGGGACUUGGUGAUGUCGCAGACACAGAUAUGUCGCUUCCCGUGUCCGGUUCAGCAGCCGAAAGCAAUGGGUUGUACUCAAAUUUGAAUUUGAACAACAUUCUCAGCAUGGAUGAGCAUGCCAAAUGGUUCACCAACUUUGACGAAAAUGUGUUGAAGCCGGUUCUCUUGGACCAUCCACCCUCCAAUUCCCAAUCGCCAUCCAACGGGAAGCGUUAG